AGGCCGCUGCUCCCUUGCGACAAGGGCCCGAGUCUCCUCCAACCAACCCCGUUCCGUUGUCGCGUUCAAUGGGUCGUGGUCCUUCCUCUGCUUCACUAUGGCCGACCUCAACUUCACAGCGGCCUUCGAGGCCAACCUCCUCGCUGCCCUGAGCAAGCAUACCGAAGAGGCCAAGAGCCCGGCUUCAACUCCGACUCCCGCUCCCGCUCCGGGUCCAGCUCCCGUUCCCACGCCGACACCACCGUCGAUACCGACCCAAGAUGCUUCUGCUCCUCCUCCCCAGCCAGUGCAGCAACAACCACAACAAGCACAGCAGCCACCGCUGAACCACUCCCUGCAGUCGUCUCAAGGACCCCCGAGCCAGACAGCCCAGCCUCCCCAGCAGCAAUUGUCACAAGCUUCCUCUCUCAGCCAUGCUCUUCAGCAGGCCCUACAAAGCUCGAAUCCCCCGUCUUAUCAGACGCCCUCGAUUCACCAGCCUCAACCCUCCUCGACGACCGCUGCACCCAUCUCCCAACCACUCGUACAAGUCCCGCCGCCCCAGCCGAGCCCUCAUGCGGUUUCCAACGUGCCUCCCCAGGCGUCUGCCGCUUUGACAGAGCCUCCAAAACGGUCCCAUAGCCCCGAUCCCCAAGACUCGAAUGGCAAGCGCCCCAAGCUUGAACACAUUGAUGAGAUGGAUCAGGACAUACCGUUUGAUAUCAAGGCAGCCCUCGCAACUGCGCUUGGCGAUUUUGAGAAACAGCACAGCCAAAUCGGCAAUGACAGCUCGCUCGAAAACCCAUCCGGGCCCAGCUCGGCUCCUCCUCCGGCGCUCGCUGUCUCUCUGUCUGCUACAGCUACACCGAUGCCCGAGAAAUGCGGGGAUAAACUUAUGAAGGCCUCAUCUAACUCGACUUAUAUGAUCCGUUCAAUGAGUCUUCCGGUGCUCGGAAAUUUGGCUGUUCAGAUUCUGCUCCGACUAUCCCAACAACCCCGAAACGAAACAUUGUCACUUCUUUCUGAAACCGAUGCCGAGUUUCGAAAACACUAUGACUUGUUGACAGAGUCGUUCAAGUUAGCCAGAAAUGGUUUCUCCGACAGUCCUGUGCUUCUUCCAGACGAACUAGAGAUCAAUGAUUCAGAGGACCGCGAGACGGUUCGGGUUGCAAACCUAGCUACGACGGCUAUUAGUGUCUUUGGUGCAAACGAUGUUGCCUGCAAGGAUUUGGACGACUCUUUCUUCUCUAUCUUUGUACCAGAAGAUGGCGAGUUUAAAGAUACCUUGGCCGACUUGCUCCUCAGCCUCAAAACUCAGGCCUUUCUGGAUUCCUUGGAUGAGCAAGCGACUCCUCAGCAGGUUACAGAACAACUCGACAAGUUCUUCCCAGAUAACUUCGAAGACUGGCUCAAGCAACGUAACCUUGAUGUCGUCACAGACACUGAUGCGGACCAACUCGCCGUGAAGAUCAAGGACCGCAGGGAGCUGUUGUCCACACUCGCCAACAGUGAACAGCCCAAAAAAUCUCUAGAGAGCAAGUACCCACCUGAUACUUUUCCCGAGACCCUCUGUGUCUUUUUGCAAAGCCACAUUGGGGUAGUCGUUGAAUAUGCCGAAGAAUAUGGGGUCAAGAUCCCAAUCAGUGAGGAGCCGAUUGUAUCGGAGUCGAUCGUAUCGGGCCCAAUUCAAAACGGCAACAACGUCCAGGAUGAGCAUGCCGACUUGGCCGCCCUCUUGCAGUCCAAGAUUGUCGAGAACGGCGAGCUUAAAGACUUCCAUGCGGGAAACCUCCACAAUGAGGCGUCCGUAUCUGCUGAUGACAAUUUCGAUCUAAGUAAACUUAUCGAGCAAUCUCUCCCCGACCAUAUCAAUGGAUUGAAAGACGGGCUUCUAGAACAAAAUGGGCAGGGUGAAUCAAGCGGGCUUUUUGACACAAAGGAUCUGGCAUCCCUCAUUGCUGAAAAGCUGAACGAUAAUCUUGAGACACCAGUUCACGGACUCUCAAAUGUUCCACAGAACUAUGAAGAUACCAUGCGGGAGAACCACGGCCAAGUACAUCCUCAGUACCAUAACAUCAACCAGUUACAAACACCGACAUACCAUCAAUACCCCCCAGCAUCAUCUUCUAAUAUUGGAAUGGGGACAACGGGGGAGACGCUACCUCCUAACCAAUCCUGUCCCACCUCAGUUCUAUACGAGAAGGCAAGACAGGCCGCUGUCGCAAAGUCAUCCAGUACGACUCGCAGGGAGGGACUGCAUUCGACUCGCAGACCAUGGACCCCCGACGAGGAAAAGGCUCUCAUGAUGGGUCUGGACAUGGUGAAGGGACCUCAUUGGAGUCAGAUUCUGUCACUCUUUGGGGCUCAUGGGUCUGUUUCGGACAUUCUGAAGGAUCGCACGCAGGUCCAGCUCAAGGAUAAAGCAAGGAACCUCAAGUUGUUCUUUCUCAAGACAAACUCAGAGAUGCCCUACUAUCUACAGAGUGUUACGGGUGAACUCAAGACCAGGGCGCCCGGACAGGCUGCUCGCAAGGAGGCGGAGGAAAAGGCACGCCUGAAUGCGGAGGAUGAACAAGCACGGUUAGCAGGCAUCAUGACAUUGGGUGGGCUACAUAACAACCACCACCCAGUUGCCGGCAGUCCGAUUGCGCCCUCUCCCGCUCGUGCUCACACCGCAACUCCUGGACCAGGGACUGGUCACUUGAAUGGGACGCCUACGCCCACGCCCACGCAAGGACCGACAAACCAGCCUGCGGCUCUUGCUCCAGUCCCGAUCUCACCAAUGGUCAAGACUGAGCCCGUGGACCACUCAGCGCACCAGGUCGGCAAUCUGCCACAAAUUCAGCCGGCCCCAGCUCCUCAGUCUUUGCAACCGGCGUUGAAGCCUCAAUCACAACCCCAGCCUCUACACCAGCAACAAUCGCAGCCACAUCUACAACAACACCCUCAAGCAAAUGCUCAACAACACUCACAACAGCACUCGCAGCAACACUCGCAACCAUUACAGCCACUUCGACCCCAACAGCAACCUCAACAGCUACCCCAAUCCCAAAUGCGCCCUCAAACUCCCCAAGCGCUGGCGCCAGCUCCACCGCAACAAUACCACCAGCAACAACAUCAUCAGCCGCAAGGGCAACAGCAGCACCAACAGUUGCACCAGCAGCAGCAAUUACACCCAGGUUCACAGCAACACGAGCAGACGCAACCGCAACCGCAGCCUCAGGUACAGGCACAGCCGCCGCCGCAGCAGCAACAGCAGCAACAGCAGCACCAUGUGGCCCCGGCUCCAGCAUCAACAUCAACUACGACAACGGCAACACCAGCAAUAGCAGCUGCUCAACCCCAUGUCAAUGUAGCCGCUGCGGAGCCAGCAGCGGCAAGUUCAACAUUGAGCAAUCAAGCUACACCGAGCUUUGGGCUCCCACCCAUACCUCCGAACCACCACUCAACACCAGAUCAAGCUCAAGACGUAAAGCUCUUUGAGACGCUCCAGGCUGCAAUUGGAGCGACUUCGCCUGCUCACGAGAGUCAUCAAGCGGCAACUGUGCCGGAAACGUCUGCUGGAUAGAAUCCAAGCCCUGAGAGUGAUGAGGACGUGGAGAAGAGUAUUAUACAGUUGGGGAAGCGUUUGAUGUCACUACAGAUGCUCGAUGGAUGUGAGUACGUGUGGGAUUGAGGAGGUUCUUUUCUUCCUUGACAUGCAAUUUGAG